AUGCACCGCCGACUUCGCGCCGCGCCGUUUCUCCCACUGCUGCUGCUGCUGCUGCUGCUCGUGCUGCAGUGCGCCGGCGGAUGCCGCGCCGCUGCGGACCGCCGGGUGUUCGACGGCACGGUGCCGAAGAGUUACUCGCCGCCGGCUGCGGUGGUGCGUGAGGUGCCGCGGAAGGGGCAGGGCGCGGCGCAGGCGUACACCGUCGCAACGGCGGCAGGAGGAAAGAGCAACGAGGGCUGGGCGCCCAUCCGCAUCGUGGUGUCCAUGAAGGACCUGGAGGAGAGUUCUCAGAGGAGGGGGAAGCAGAGGUACUGCAAAGCAGAGGGGAAUACGUGCAUCAACUACUUGGGGCAACAGGUCACUUGCAAGGCCCGUGACGUACUGACGGAGCCCAAGAAGCUGUUGUACACGACGAAGAUAAUCCCCGAGGCCGUCAAGCUGCACGCGGAGCGACUCCUUGUGGAGCCCGCGAAGGACGGAGUAUUUGUGCCACGCGAUCUGGCAGGGCAUUGCCAGCACUUUACAAUUCCCACUGGGCACAGGAAUAAGAUUGUGGCGGAUGCCGACAUGGUCCUCUACGCCGCUGCCGGGCCACUCAGCGAGAACAUUCCAGCGUGGGCGGCCACGUGCGUCAAGUGGAGUGACUCUCGCCCUUCCGUCGGCGCCAUGGAGUUCAGCCCGGCGUACAUGACCGACACGGCGUGGAGCGUCCGCGUCGCCGCACACGAGCUGGCGCAUGCCCUCGGGUUCAGCCACGAGGCGAUGGAGCUUAAGAGCAUGGUGGAGUCAGUGUCAAGUGUGCGUGGAGGAAGCCGCAAGGAUAGUGGCGGGGGCCACUGUCAAAGCGAAGGCGGCAGCGCACUUCAGCUGCGAGUCUCUCAAGGGCAUGGAGCUGGAGAACGACGAUACAGGUCUGCAAGCGAAGGCGCCUCACUGGGAGGAACGCAACGCCCGGGACGAGCUGAUGGCCCCCACGGUCGGCGCCGGCUACUACACGGCACUGACGCUGGCGGUGUUUGCGGACCUCGGCUACUACCGCGUGAAUUGGAGCAUGGCGGAGCCGAUGGGCUGGGGCAACAACUCCGGCUGCGGCUUCCUGGACAAGAAGUGCAAUGA